UGAUGUGCUUUGUUAGUAUUUCAAGCGUUUAUGUGAUACAAGUAAUUGGUCAGAAUUUACCAGUUUACCUCAGGUUAGACUGAGAUCUUGAGUUUUUUGACAAAAUGGAAGUGUUAUCUUCAUUGAUAAGAGUUACAAUUCCAAAUUAUUUGAGGAAUGUACCAGUUCCUACAAGCAUCAUGGGAUUCGCAAGGUUGUCAGGAUCAGAAUGGUUACAGUUACUUCCCUUUGUUGGAAUGUUGUCACUUCUUUCAUAUGUCACAUAUCAAGCAUUCCGCUCGAAACCUGCUCCUAAAGAUUCCUGUGUUAACCUUAAAAUACAAAAAGAAAGUUCAAAGGUCGUUAAUAUGGUAGAUAUUGAAGAAUUAGGUGAUAAAGUCUCCUAUUGCAGAUGCUGGAGAUCUAAAAAGUUUCCAAUAUGUGAUGGAAGCCAUAACAAGCAUAAUGAAGAAACUGGUGAUAAUGUAGGACCUCUAGUGCUGAAAAGGAAAGAACCUUUAUCUGCUGCAAAAUAAACUUAAAUCAAAACAAUUUUUUGUACAAAAAUUAGAAGAAAAAAAGAAUGAUAAAAGCCCAUUUAUAUUGUUAUAUUGAUCUGAUUUUGUAAUUUCAUGGACCUUGGCUUAGAUAAUAUUGGACCACAAUUUUAUUUUUCUGUUCAAUUUUUGUGUUUUGUUUUGUAUUUUUAAAGCUUUUUUUAAAUGUUUAAAGGUUGGAAUAAAUUUAGUUGUUGCUUAUGUAAAUGCACAUGUCAAAUGUAACCACGGUUAUCUGUAUGUUUGGAGAACAGUGGGGAAGGAUUUUGAUAAACUAUAGCCUUGUUAGAUAACAAUAGUUAGAUAAUAAAAUGAUCCACACUGUGUGAUUAGACUCAUCCAUCUAUUUUAUUCUAGAGCAUUACCUCUAGAUGCUUGCAGGAAUCAUGAUCAAUAAAUAGACAUAUAUCGAUUUUUUCGCCGAUUCUUACAUUUUUCAUUCUAUAUCAUACAUAAAUUGGAUCUGAAAAGAUGCAUAAGACCUUUUAAAGUUCAUUCCGUUGGGUAAAUGAAGCAAGAUUUUAGCAUUGAAUCAUUCAAAUGUCUUGUCCGGUAUAUAGCUGAAUUAUAACGGUAUUUAGUGUGGUGCUCCAAUCCUUAUUUUAGUCUCUAAGUAUAUCGGGGACAUGUGGAUGGUAUGAAGUCUGUCCCUGAUGAUUUCUGAUAUCUCCCAAUUCUCCAGAUGUGUUUACAAAUGACUAGUGCAUAUGAGGCCUUAAAGUAUUUUUUUUUUACAAAUAUGUACACAUAUUUUGAUAUGCUUGAAUUUAGAUUUGUAAUGAUAAGCAGUUAGUGAACUAGAUUUAUAUUGUGUAUCAUGAAUGUUUGCUGUUCAAAUGUAACCAUUUACACACUAAUACAUCACCAUGAAUAGACAAAUUUAUUCCGAGUUUUCUCUCGCACGUUAAUCACUAUGUACCUCUUGUUAAAUUUUAGUACAAAGUGUUAUAUACAAUGUAGCACUCAUAUUUUAAAGCCAUGAUGCAUCUGAAUAAACUGACAAAUAAAAAUCUAGAACAUUUAUAUUCAAUAUAAUCAAAGAUUGAAUCCAUAUAACAAUUUACGUGUUAUAUCAUUGUGUAAAGUAGGUCAGAAUUCAUUAUUUUGUGAUUUCCGUUCACUUACAUGAUUUUUUUUUUGCAGGGAAUAUUUAUAUUAUUCAAACUUGGAUUAUGAUGUCUUGUAUACUUUCUAAGAAUUUUCAUUUUAGCAUUGUAUGAUGAAACAUUUCCUCUUUAUUUUUCAGUGAACAAAAUGUACAGUUACUCGUAGAUACAGUUUUUGUAAAGUUACUUUUUGCCAUUUGGAAAUUUUGGAAAUAUUGUUUAUAAUGGCUUUUAGAAAAUAUGUAGUUGCUAAGUUGAAACUGUAGUAAUUUCGAUGUUUUAAUCUUGAUUUAUAUUGAUUUAAUGUCAGUAAUUAUUAAUUGUUUUAUAUUUCAUUUUGUUAGCACGUCAGUUUUGUAGAAACAGCUGAGCUGUUAUGAUCACUGCCUUGUCGUCAUUGAUGUCGUCACGCAAAAACUUUAAUGUAGCAUAUUAUUCAAACAUUUUACAAGUUAUUAAUAUGGAACUUGAAAUACUUGCUUUAUCAUGACAAGGUGCAAUUAUUAGACAAAGGGCAUAAUUCUAAAAGCUAUAUUUUUGGGGUUUUGCUCUUUCUUUACUUCGAAAGUUUGUCAAAAUUAAUUUUUGAUAGUUUGUCCGCUUACAGACUAGCGUUAACAGUGCAUGCAGUGCUCUUGUUUAAAUUCAUUCUUAUUCCAUCAUAUAUUGAAUGGGCAUUCUGUACAUUAGUGGUUAUUGAUUAUUGAAAUUAGAAACAUGUUUUAGAAUAGAUGUAUAUCAGAAAAAAUGUAAACAUUUAUUACACAUAUUAUCAUUAUUUUAUGGUAAAACAUCUUUCUGGGUGCAUUUUUUUACACAUUGCACAUUUGAAGACGUAUAUUUAUGUAAUUUACAUAAUUAGAUUCACCUUAUUAGAUGAUAUUUACAGAUAUGUUUUCAUGUGGGUAAUUUCUUAUUAUAAAGUAUACAAAUCAAAAAGGUGAAUAUUGUAAAUUAUUGAUAUACAUGUAUGUAACAUAAAGAAGCACUGUCAAUAUAAAUUCCAGAAUUGAAGAGUUAUGCCCAUAAUUAAACAUUCAUAUAUAAAUUGUUGUUUAGAUAGAAUGGAAGACUGAAUUUUAAAAGCAUCUUCAUUUCGAUACCAUCCAUAACAGCUUUUGUCUUAGUUAUCUGUAGUGAUUACUUCAUUGGAAGCAUGAGGUGUGGAAGACAGCCUGGAAGCUGAGAUUUUUAUUGAAGCUA